AAACAUCAUUCUGCUUUUAAAGCAGAAGAUUGGUAUAACUGGAUAGUUUUGUAUUCACUUCUGCUCCUCUAUGAUUAUUUACCUAUAAGACAUAUAGAUGGGUGGACAAGUUUUGUUAAGGCAACUCAGCUAUGUCUUAAACCAGUUAUUUCUAGACAAGAACUUGAAGAAAUUCAUACACUUUUUAUUAGAUUCAUUCGUUAUUAUGAGAAUUUUUCAGCAACUGAAGAAGAAUUACAUUCACCAUUUCAAGAGUACAAUAUGAUAAAAGCGGAGGUUCGAAAGGUUAAGCAAUACUAUGCAACUGCAUUAGAUUUGACAAUGAAUGAUUUAAUUACUGAAUAUAUUCAAAAAUAUGGAAAAUUGCGAACUAAAUCUAGUGUGUUAAUUGGAUCAAAACUUGCUAAUCGCGGAGGAGAUGUAGCUCGAAAUAACUAUUCAAUUGCUACAAAGCUUCUAGUUGAUAAAAAUGCACAUUUAUCAAGAGCACCUGUUGAUUUUGAAGAGCAUGAGUUUUAUGGUCAAAUUUUAUACUAUUUGUACAUGAGUAUAAUAAUGAGUUAUCAAUGCUUGCCUUUAUACAGUGG